ACAGGAGUAUGGCGUGAACAUGGGGAAGCAAAAGAAAACAAGAAGAUAUGCGACCAUGAAGCGAAUGCUUAGUCUCAGAGAUGAGAGACUUAAAGAAAAGGAUAGAUUAAAGCCUAAAAAGAAAGAGAAGAAAGAUCCCAGUGCGCUGAAGGAAAGAGAAGUCCCCCAACAUCCUUCCUGCUUGUUCUUCCAGUAUAAUACACAGCUGUACCACAUCCUUGUUGAUACCAACUUCAUCAACUUUUCCAUCAAAGCCAAACUAGACUUAGUGCAGUCCAUGAUGGACUGUCUGUACGCCAAGUGUAUCCCUUGUAUAACUGAUUGUGUGAUGGCUGAAACUGAGAAAUUGGGCCAGAAGUACCGAGUGGCACUAAGAAUCGCCAAGGAUCCACGCUUUGACCGACUUCCGUGCACACACAAAGGAACCUAUGCUGAUGACUGCUUGGUACAGAGAGUCACUCAGCACAAGUGUUACAUUGUGGCUACAGUUGAUCGGGACCUCAAACGAAGAAUCCGAAAGAUCCCUGGAGUUCCUAUCAUGUAUAUUUCUAACCAUAGAUACAACAUUAAACGGAUGCCAGAUGUUUAUGGAGCUCCUCGGUUCUAA